AUGGCUGCCAGGAAGGAGUAUGGCCCUGGGCAGCCAUUCAAGGGCUUGAACAUCAACGGCUCUUUGCACAUGACCAUCCAGACAGGUGUGCUCAUCGAGACGCUGAGCGCGUUGGGCGCCAAGGUGCGCUGGUGCUCUUGCAACAUCUUCAGCACACAGGACCAUGCUGCGGCCGCCAUUGCCAAGGCUGGCACUUCCACAGUGUUUGCCUGGAAAGGUGAGACCCUGCCAGAGUACUGGUGGUGCACCGAGCAGAUGAUGACAGUGCCUGGUGCGGAUGGCUGCGACCAGCUUGUGGACGAUGGAGGCGAUGCCACUCUGCUGAUGCACAAGGGCAAAGAGUUCGAGGAGAAGUACGCAAAGGAUGGCAGCCUGCCAGACCCGGCUAGCACCACCAACGCAGAGUACAAGUGCAUCCUGCAGCUGCUGAAGGACUCCAUCCCGGCGGACAAGACCAAGUACACUCGCAUGGCUGCGAAAUGCAAGGGCGUCAGCGAGGAGACGACCACUGGCGUGCACCGCCUUCGCGAAAUGGCUGCCAAGGGCGAGUUGCUGUUCCCAGCCAUCAACGUGAACGAUUGCGUGACAAAGUCGAAGUUCGACAACGUGUAUGGCUGCCGGCACUCUCUGCCUGACAGCAUCAUGCGCGCCACUGACGUGAUGAUCGGUGGCAAGCGUGCCCUUGUGGCGGGCUACGGAGAUGUGGGCAAGGGCUGUGCUUUUGCCAUGAGGGGUGCAGGCGCCGCGUGCUGA